ACGGCCCCAAAGGCACCGACUGCCGGUCAGUAGCGCGCAGCAGGUCAGGAAGGCGCGCCAUGGAGGCGCCCCGUCCGCGCGAGGCGCAGUGAGCGGGUCACCCGGGGUCCCGUAAGCCAUGUACGGCGACGUGUUCAACGCCACUGGUGGCCCCGAGGCGGCGGUAGGCGGCGCGCUGGCCUUGGCAGCUACGGUCAAGGCGGAGGGCGCUCUGCCGCUGGAGCUGGCCACCGCGCACGGUAUGCGGGACGGAGCGGCCGCAAAGCCCGACCUGCCCACCUACCUGCUGCUCUUCUUCCUGCUGCUGCUCUCCGUGGCGCUCGUCAUCCUCUUCAUCGGCUGCCAGCUGCGCCACUCGGCCUUCGCCGCGCCGCCCCACGACCGCUCGCUGCGCGACACCCGCGCGCCCUGGAAGACGCGGCCGGUGUAACCUCCCAGAGAGCCAGGGCCGGCGGGCGUGGUGUCCCGGUUUCACCACGAACAGUAGGUGUGAGCCGGACAGGGAGGGCCUGACCUCAGAGGAUUGCCAGCCCUUGGGCACCCUGCGCCCUGACCCAAAGACCCUCCCUGACUUUGAGUGGCACCUGGGCGUAAAAGGAGUCGGAAGCGCCAGGGCUGCCCAGGGUCCCACUCCCAGUAGCCGCGGGGUACCAAGGUUCUAAUCCCCUGUAAGUCUUUCUUCCCCGGGAUAGCGGGUCCAGCUGGACCUUCCUGAACAGAGUGCCGCGGAGACAUAGGAGCCUUCCUCGCUGUCUGCUGAUAGCCUCACUUUGUGCACGGAACAGGCCGGCACGGCGAGCGCGUAACUAGCCGGGAUCUGCCUGUCAGACUCGCUGGCCCUGUGGCUGUAUUCCCGCGGCUACCCCGCCUCCCCCACUCUUUGGCACCGAGGACCCCCUAGGACCCGAGCCUGAACUUAGCCACUUUCUGUGGAAUGAUAGCGCUCGGGGACAGCUUGCCCCAAGGGAAGUGAGGGGACGUGGAGUUUCACUGGGCCCCACCCUGGUCCGAGGACCCAGUUUUCUCUGCAGGCACAGGCGGAGGGGAAGCCUGUGUGGAGGCACGGGGGCCCACCAGCAG